CUUCCCUCUCUCUCUCUCUCCCCCACUCCCACCGCGCCAUCUACCGGAAGUUCCUUCACUUUUUCUCCAUUUCCCCUUCACAUACGAAUAAAAUACACUCACUCAAUCACUCCCUAGUCCUUUCAGCAUCUCUCGACUCCGAUCCCAUUAACAAUAUAUAAAAAGAAUUCCAAACAAAACACCAACCUCCUUUCCCUUUCCCCUCUUUUCUUUAUCAAAACCAACCCAUUUCUACUCUUUAUCCCAAACUAUACAACAAUGGUAGACGUGGACCGGAGAAUGACCGGCCUUAACCCGGCCCAUAUUGCCGGUUUACGCCGUCUCUCUGCUCGAGCCGCUGCCCCAUCAACUACAACAACACUCCCUGCUCGCAACAGCCUCCUUUCUUUCUCUUCAUUAGCUGAUAAAGUAAUAACCCAUUUGCGCAAUUCUGGUAUCCAAGUCCAGCCCGGUCUUACCGAUUCUGAAUUCGCUCGAUCCGAAGCUGAGUUCGGCUUCGCUUUCCCACCUGACCUCCACGCCGUCCUCUCUGCUGGCCUCCCUGUCGGCGCAGGAUUCCCCGACUGGCGUUCUGCAGGUGCACGCCUCCACCUACGCGCCUCUCUAGACCUUCCUAUCGCCGCUAUAUGCUUCCAAAUUGCACGAAACACUUUAUGGUCGAAAUCUUGGGGCCCGAGACCUUCCGACCCGGAAAAAGCCUUACGGAUCGCUAGAAAUUCGCUUAAAAGAGCCCCUCUUUUGAUUCCCAUUUUUAACCAUUGUUACAUUCCUUGUCAACCAUCAUUAGCGGGUAACCCGAUUUUCUUUGUCGAUGAAAAUCGGAUCUUUUGCUGCGGGUUGGACCUAUCAGACUUUUUUGACCGUGAAUAUCUUUUCCGGAGCUCGAAAUCUGACCCGAUUAUUAUAAAAAAGCAAAAGUCUGUUAGUGAGAAAUCUACUGGUUUAUCCAAUAAUCCCUCGCGGAAGAGUUUGGAUACGGGUCUGGUAAACGGGUCGAGGACACCCAGAUGGGUGGAGUUUUGGAGUGACGCGGUGGUGGACAGGAGAAGGAGGAAUUCAGCAUCGUCUUCGUCGGGAUCUUCGUCGCCGGAACGGUUUUUUGAGAUGCCAAGAUCCGAAAUACCGAGAUGGGUGGGGGAUUAUAUACAGCAAAUCGGGUCGGUUUUGAGAGAAGGCGGGUGGAGGGAGUCCGACAUCGAUGAAAUGGUUCAAGUAUCAGCUUCGGGUUUCUUUGAGGGUGAAAUGGUAAUUUUAGAUAAUCAAGCAAUCCUAGAUGCUUUGCUUUUGAAAGUGGAUCGGUUUUCGGACUCGCUCCGCAAAGCUGGGUGGAGCUCCGAGGAAGUAUCGGAUGCUUUGGGGUUUGAUUUUAGAGCAGAGAAGGAGAGGAAACCGGUGAAAACAUUAUCGCCUGAACUUGUUGAGAAAAUUGGGAAAUUGGCUGAGUCGGUUUCCCGGUGAUGAUUAAAGUGACAUCACAAAUAUAUGAGUGUCUGUUUUUUAUGUUUUAUUUUUUUCAAGGGUUUCUCGGGGUUGGGUUUUCUUUUUUUUUUUUUUUCCAGAUAGAAAUGGGAAACUUGAGAAAUUUAUGUAUAUGGGGAAACGAGUUGUACUAUGAAUCGAAGCGACUGAAAGACUUGAAAGGGAGAAAAGAAAAGGAGAAGUUCAAAUUUCUAUAUCAUCCAUGUUGUAUAAAUAAUUAAAUGAAUAUAUAUAUAUAUAUAUAGCUGUUUUCUUGUUGUUCAA